CAGCAAGCAGGCGAAUUUUGUUUGAAUAGUUCAAAAAAAGCUGCGUAAAAUAUAAAAAAGGAUAUUAUUCAAAAUGUACCAGAAAUAAUACGUGUGCUCUAUAAUACCAUCACUACUGCCACAAUACAUCACGCCAUAAUUCACAACCCCGCUGUCCGUCUCUUCUCAUCUCCCUCUGUCGUUGCGCUCGUCUCCCCGUUACCACCCUGCCGCUGUCACGCCACAUUUUUUUUCCAGGUCAACUUACAGCGCCUCUCGCCCGUACCUUGGCGCGGGUUGCACUGCAGCCUGCCGUUGCAAGCACAUUCCCACCCUUCUGGGAGGCCUUGCGUCUUGGCCCUGCGUUGGCGUGAAGGUUAUUUUGUCGCCUUCGCCUCUUCCUCCUUGUCGUCAGUUUUCUUUGCUCUGUCAUCACCAGCUAUUUUGCACUUGGCCCUGUGCCUAAAAAUUGACGCCGCGCACAAUCUCAGUGCGUUAUUCGGCUUCAAGCGUAUUUUAAGUGUCCUUUUUUUCAUAUUCACCAACCACAACCACUGCCACGAUGGACCAAAUACCGACGCCCAAGUCAUUUCGACUCUUGAACCUCGCCCAAUCCGCCUACGAGCUUCCUCUACGCAACUUCGAGAAUGGCGGCUCCGACUCCCACCCCUCACUCUCACAUCUUUGUCUACUUGUCUUCGAGGCCGUUCUCGAAGUUGUCUGCGUUAGUUUGCCGGGCUACAUUGUCGCCAGACUGGGUCACUUUGACGCCGAUAAGCAAAAGUUCCUAGCCAACCUCAAUGUUAUGCUCUUUACGCCAUGCCUUAUCUUUACAAAACUGGCCUCCCAGCUCAACGCCGAUAAGCUCUCCGAACUUGCCAUCAUCCCUGUCAUCUUCAUCAUCCAGACCCUCGUCUCCUGGGUCGUGUCUACCGCCAUUGCCAAGCUCUUCCGCUUCAACCGCCGUGCCGCCAACUUUGUUACUGCUAUGGGCGUUUUUGGAAACUCCAACUCGCUACCGAUUUCGCUUGUUCUCUCGCUCUCUCAAACCAUCAAGGGCCUCCACUGGGACCGUAUUCCCGGCGACAAUGACGACGAAGUCGGUGCCCGCGGCAUUCUAUAUCUUCUCAUCUUCCAGCAGCUAGGCCAACUUGUCCGCUGGUCUUGGGGAUACCAUGUCCUUCUGGCACCUCGCGACCGCUACGAGGAGUAUGCCGAGCAGAUUGCUGAAGAGGGCACGUACCGCGACCAGCCUGACGUGUUGAUUGAGGGCCUGGAUGGCGAAACCGAAGAUGAGGGCGUGAGUGAUGACGCCCGCAGCGUCGACUCCAGACUCUACGAGCCUGCUGGCCCUACACCCCCUGGCUGCACCUCGCGUGCCUCUGUUGCCGGCUCCAGUGACGACGGCAACUCCUUGUCCAAGAAGAAGGGCAAGGCCUACAGCUCCACAUCUCUCAACUCCUCGGCCUCUCAACAUGUGGCCACUGGCAUCCAGAACCGCCCCGAAGCUGAGACUCUUGGUGCAUUCGGGCGCUUCAAAAAGUCCGCUUGCUCUGCGCUCUGCUCUACUUCAGCCAAGAUCUACGCUAGCCUCCCCGCCCCUCUGCAGUUUGUUGUUCGCAGCGUCCAGUUUAUCGCAGGCAAGAUUGCCUACUUUAUCUGGGAAUUUAUGAACCCUCCUCUAUGGGCUAUGCUUAUUGCUGUACUCGUUGCCUCCAUUCCAGCCCUCCAGCGCCUCUUUUUCGAAGAGGGCUCUUUCAUCAAGAACUCCGUUACCAGCGCCGUUGCUUCGUCUGGUGGCGUUGCCGUUCCCCUUAUCCUUGUUGUCCUCGGCGCCAACCUCGCUCGCAACACCAUGGCUGCUGCUGAAGACAAGGCCGAUCCUGAAGAGGAAGAAAUCGGCACUAAGCUUCUCGUUGCUGCUCUGCUGAGCCGUAUGGUCCUUCCCACAGCCAUCAUGGCCCCCAUCUUGGCACUCCUCGCCAAGUAUCUCAACAUUAGCAUUCUUGAUGACCCCAUCUUUGUCAUUGUCUGCUUCCUCCUUACUGGUGCCCCAUCUGCGUUGCAGCUUGCGCAGAUUUGCCAGAUUAACAACGUUUUCGAAAAGACCAUGGGCCGCAUUCUGUUCCAGAGCUACGUCAUCUGGAUCCUACCCUCUACACUUGUCCUUGUCAUGAUGGCCCUUGAAGUUAUUGAAUGGGCCAAAUAAGCGUUUGAUUUUUUUUAUUGCAUUGUUCACUUGGUUAGCUGAAUCCGUGUACCUUUGCUGUCACUGACUAGCGCUGGCCGGCUCUCUUGUCCCUGUUUUUUUCUUUCGUGUUUUGGCCGCAUUUGUCAGUGAUGCGUGGAUGGUUUGCAUAUUCUCCAGAAGAGAUUGGCGUUUGGGAAGCAAGAUAGAUUUAUCAAAUGAUGAAUGAGUACUACUGGUACUCUGUUUAUUUUGG